AUGUUAGUUACGCAGUUCCAGACUCGGGGUACUCGUGGAGCGAGUCGGAUGCUUCAGAGGUUUCCGCUCGGGAUCACAGGCCUGAUAUCUCAGAUUAUGAGCGCUGGUUGUAUAGCUUUGGACCGUACCCCCCCAGAUCCACAGACUCGGACGGCAGCCAUAAAUCGCCRCCGGACCCCGGCCACAGUGAAGUGGAGCCAGAGGAUGUCUGGAAGCCAGAAGCGAACCCGUAUGAAUCAGGUUUCAGUGUCAGAGAACCAGAUUCGGUACAAAGACCACCUCAGACCGCACCACAGUCCCAGGGAGACCCCAAUUGUAAGGUGGACCUUGCCUUCCUGAUGGACGGGAGCUGGAGCAUCGGGAAGCGGCGCUUUAAGAUCCAGAAAGACUUCCUGUCUGAGGUGGCUCAGGCCAUCAACGUGGGCGUAGCUGGACCCAUGAUGGGCAUCAUCCAAUACGGCGAUGACCCCGUCACAGAGUUCAGCCUCAGGACCUACUCCGGCUCCAGGGAGGUGAAGUCCGCCAUCGAGAAGAUCGUUCAGAAAGGAGGCCUCUCCAACGUGGGAAAAGCCCUCUCCUUCAUCAACAAGCAGUACUUCAGUGAUGCCAACGGGAACCGAGGAGGAGCCCCCAACGUGGCUGUGGUCCUUGUGGACGGCUGGCCCACAGACAAGGUGGAYGAGGCGUCCCGGCUCGCCCGAGAGUCUGGCAUCAACAUCUUCUUCGUCACCAUCGAGGGGCCCGACGACAGCGAAAAGCAAAACCUGGUUGAGGCCAACUUUGUAGACAAGGCUGUGUGUCGGACAAACGGCUUCUACUCCCUCCCAGUCAACAGCUGGUUCGCCCUGAGGAAGGCCGUUCAGCCCCUGGUGAAGCGGGUUUGCGACACGGACCGCCUGGUGUGCAGCAAGACCUGCCUCAACGCCAACGACAUCGCCUUCGUCAUCGACGGCUCCAGCAGCGUGGGCACCGGAAACUUCCGCACGGUGCUCCAGUUCGUGGCCAACGUCACCAGGGAGUUCGAGAUCUCGGACACGGACACCCGGGUCGGCGCGGUGCAGUACACCUACGAGCAGAGGCUGGAGUUCGCCUUCGGCCAGUACAACAACAAGGCCGAGCUGCUGAACGCCAUCAAGCGCAUCAACUACUGGAGCGGCGGGACCAGCACCGGCGCCGCCAUCACCUACGCGGCGGAGCAGCUCUUCAGCAAAUCCAAACCCAAUAAGCGCAAGAUUAUGAUCGUCAUCACGGACGGGCGUUCCUACGAUGAUGUAAGGGCACCUGCGGAGGCCGUCCAUCGACAAGGUGUGAUCGCUUACUCCAUCGGCAUCGCCUGGGCGGCCCAGGACGAGCUGGAGUACAUCGCCACAGAUCCGGACAAGGAGCACUCCUUCUUCGUGGACGAGUUCGACAACCUUUACAAAUACGUACCCAAGAUCAUCCACAACAUCUGCCAGGAGUUCAACUCUCAGCCCAGGAACUGAGGCCGGAGGAGGGAAGGUGUUGGAAAAGAACAGAACCCCAACUGUAAACUUACUCACCCUGUUGCCCAGAUGGUGCUCUUGGACUGGAAGCAAGGCCACAUAUUUGCAAAGGAAGGGGUUAGAAUUCUGGAGAGGACUGUGGAUUUUGGAUAUAAACAAAUAAAAUAAAUGUAUUUCUCCACACAC